ACCCACCCCCACGAAUCCAUCAGAUUUCAUCCAAGUUUCUCAUCUCAUCUGCAUUUCUCUAGAAAACCUAAUUUUCUUCUCCUCCUCCUUCAGAAAUUUUUUUCUUAACAAUGGCUUCAAUUGAAGAAACCAACGUCGCUGUUCCUGAAGUGGUUGCAGAUCCAGCAGCACCACCACCACAACCUACUGAAGUUACUACUGAAGAACAAUCUGUUCCAGCACCAAAACCAAAAGCUGCAAAAGCUAAGAAACCUGCUGCUCCAAGAAAACCUAGGGUUGCUGCUCAUCCAACUUAUUUUGAGAUGGUGAAAGAAGCAAUCACUUCAUUGAAAGAAAGGAAUGGAUCAAGUCAACAUGCUAUUACAAAGUUCAUUGAAGAAAAACACAGUCAACAUCUUCCAUCAAAUUUCAAGAAGUUGCUUCUCAAUCAACUCAAGAAAUUAGUCGCUGAUGAGAAACUUGUCAAGGUUAAAGGUUCAUAUAAGCUUCCUAGUGCUAAGCCUGCACCCAAGAAAACCACUGCUGCUGCUCCUGCUAAGAAGAAGAAGCCUGUUGCCGCUAAAGCCAAGCCUGCCGCUAAAGCCAAGCCUGCCGCGAAAGCCAAACCUGCCGCGAAAGCCAAGCCUGCUGCAAAAGCCAAGCCUGCUGCAAAAGCCAAGCCUGCCGCCAAAGCCAAGCCUGCUGCGAAAGUCAAGCCAGCCGCCAAAGCCAAGCCAGCCGCGAAAGCUAAGCCUGCCGCAAAAGCCAAGCCAGCCGCCGCCGCUAAGCCAAAAGCUGCUCCAGCGAAGGCGAAGCUAGCAGCCAAGCCAAAAGCCGCACCAGCAGCCAAGCCGAAGCCAGCCGCUGCGAAGCCAAAAGCUUUAGCCGCAAAGCCAAAGGGCAGACCAGCCAAAGCUUCAAGAACUUCAACAAGGACCUCUCCCGGAAGAAAAGCUGCUGCACCAAAACCAGCGCCAGUUGCCAAGAAGGCGGCGACCAAGGCAAAGUCACCAGCUAAGAAAGCCACCCCUGCUAGAAAAGCCAAGAAAUAAGGAUGAGAUGGUGUAAUUUUCUGGGUAGUGUUUCUGUAAAGUUUUCAAUAGUUGGGGGGUAAUUUCUGGUCCACUAGGAGUAAAAGUCCCAGAAGAAAAAAGUACUACUAUGAAUCUGUAUUAACCGUGGAAGAAUUCUUCUUAAUUUCCAUUUUCUUUAUCUUUAUUUAAUGUGUUUUUGAUUGUCCUUGUUUCAAGGGAUUCGAGUCUGUAGAGGUAUUUUCGGGUGCAAGAAAAGAUAAUGGUCUUCACCACUUUCUUUCAGUGGUUUGUUACCUCCAUGAGAAUACUAAUUAGGGCAGCAUGUGUUUUGUCUGUUAUUAUUAGUUGUUAUUAGUAUUACUGUUAUUAGUAGUGGAUGACAGGUUGUCAUACGCGUAUCGUUUUGGGUGC